AGCUGGACUGGUUUCCACUCGGCUGGUUUCCAAGUGGAGGCGCCUGAGAGCAGCGCGCAGGCUGAGUGGGAGCGCAGUCGCAGGUUAUCCAUCGCCUUGUGCGAGCUCUCUGCCACGUCUGGGAUCCUCCUUUAUAAAGACACGAUUGAACACAUCACCCCAGGAGCCAAAAAAGGUUUGCAAACCGUUCUGUAGGAAAGUGCGGGCUGCCCAGGCGCCAUGACAGCUGAGAAGAGUGGGCCCGUUGUAAACGGUAAACCAGAGGAUGGCAAAGACCCGGAAGGGUCCAGCUCCAGCAUGGACAGCUAUGAGUACAAUGAGAGGGGCAUGUGGAACAACAAGAUUGAGUUUAUCCUGUCUGUGGCUGGAGAGAUCAUCGGACUGGGCAACGUUUGGAGGUUUCCUUACCUCUGCUACAAAAAUGGAGGAGGUGCUUUCUUUGUACCGUAUGUCAUCUUUUUUGUGUGCUGCGGUAUCCCCGUGUUUUUUCUGGAGACGGCUUUGGGUCAGUUCACAAGUGAGGGAGGUAUCACCUGUUGGAGGAAGGUCUGCCCAUUAUUUGAGGGUAUUGGCUAUGCAACUCAGGUGAUCGAAGCUCACCUAAAUGUGUACUAUAUCGUAAUCUUAGCUUGGGCCAUUUUCUACCUCUUUAACUGCUUCACCACUGAGCUGCCGUGGGCCGGCUGUGGACAUUACUGGAAUACAGAAAACUGUGUUGAUUACUACGGGGAAAAUGCCACCAACAUCACAAACCCCAACGCAACUUCUCCAGUCAUGGAGUUCUGGGAACGCAGAGUGCUGAAGAUAUCAGAUGGUAUUGAGCACAUGGGGGGGAUGCGCUGGGAGCUGGCCAUGUGUCUGGCUCUGGCCUGGUUCAUCUGCUACUUCUGCAUCUGGAAGGGACCCAAGUCAACGGGCAAGGUUGUGUACGUGACGGCUACAUUUCCAUAUUUCAUGCUGAUGAUCCUGUUGAUCAGAGGCGUCACGCUGCCUGGAGCUUUUGAUGGCAUCAAGUUCUACCUCUACCCAGACAUUUCACGUCUCUCUGACCCUCAGGUAUGGGUGGAUGCAGGAACCCAAAUCUUCUUUUCCUAUGCCAUCUGCUUGGGCUGCCUUACUGCUCUUGGAAGUUAUAAUUCCUACAACAACAACUGCUACAGAGACUGCAUCAUGCUGUGRUGUUUGAACAGCGGUACCAGCUUCGUGGCAGGUUUUGCCAUCUUCUCAGUGCUGGGCUUCAUGGCCUAUGAACAAAAUGUUCCCAUCGAAGCUGUGGCUGAAUCUGGUCCUGGUUUGGCCUUUAUUGCAUACCCCAAAGCUGUAACUAUGAUGCCUCUGUCUCCCCUUUGGGCUUGCCUCUUCUUCAUGAUGCUGAUUUUCCUCGGCCUGGACAGUCAGUUUGUCUGUGUGGAGAGUCUGGUGACAGCUGUGGUGGACAUGUACCCAGAGACCUUCAGAAGAGGCUACCGCCGAGAGCUGCUGAUCCUCGGCAUGUCUAUAGUCUCCUUCCUCAUAGGACUCAUCAUGUGRACCGAGGGAGGGAUGUACGUCUUCCAGCUGUUCGAUGCGUACGCUGCCAGCGGGAUGUGUUUGCUUUUCGUAGCCAUAUUUGAGUCCAUAUGUAUCGGCUGGGUAUACGGAAGUGACAGAUUCUACCUAAAUAUUGAGGACAUGAUUGGCUACAAACCUGUCUUCUUCAUCAAGUGGUGCUGGAUGAUCCUGACCCCGGGGAUCUGUGCUGGAAUAUUCCUGUUCUUCUUGAUUAAAUACAAACCCCUGAAGUACAACAAUGUGUACACCUAUCCUGACUGGGGUUAUGGGAUUGGCUGGUUCAUGGCCAUGUCUUCAAUGGUCUGCAUCCCACUGGGAAUUAUCUGGAUGAUCUGGAAGACUCCCGGUACCUUCUCUGAGAGAAUGAAGAAGCUGACCACUCCCAGCUCUGACCUGAAAAUGAGAGGGAAACUCGGCGCCCUCAGUCCUUACGCCGUCAAUGACGCAAAACUGAAGGUCGACGGCAAAAUCUCCACCGUUUCAGAGAAAGAGACGCAUUUCUAACCCACGGCCUGACUGACCAACCAAGCUGCCUGCUGUCUUUGAAGAAAAUCCAACAAAAAAAAACAAAACAAAACAAAACACAACGUUACCAGCCGCGACACAAAACAAGAUAUCAAAAAAAAAAAAAAAAAAAAAAAGACUGAGAUGGCCAUUUUUGUUUUGUAAAAAAAUACUUUUAUUACAUCAGGAAAAUCACUGAUUAUGUAGUCUGCUUCUGUUUUGCACAAACUUUAAAUAACACUUGAUGUUUGCAUUUAACUCCAAGUAUAGCAACUGUUUCCCUAUUGUUAACCAUUAAUAUUUCAAGAUGUGUUUAAUGAUGAAUGUUAAAAAUCUGUUCUGUCAGUAAUGGUCACACUAGUGUCUGUGCCUUUAGAACAAACCAACGUGUUGUGUUGUACAAAGCUCACACUCGACAGCAAAAAGCAAACUACUGUGCCUCUGUUUUCUGUGACUACCUAAGAUGUAGCAGCUUGGAGACCACGCUACAUAUUUUUGUGUGUCAGGAAGGAACACUGCAGGAGGUCUUAAUCCUGAGGCUAUGAUGGGGGAGGGGUGGGGGUGCUCAUCACUCCUGGAUUUAAAAUUCUUAGUCAUAUACAAAGAGUUUUACCUUUCUGGGUUUAUCUGAAGCAGCUGCAACUGUGAGGGCUCCUGAAUAUUUCUGAGGUCUGUUUAGACCAGCGUAGGAAACUAAAAAAGCUCAGCUUAAAAGAUUAGUUUAUUGAUCCUUYCCCCAGCAUUUACUGGGGUUCUUUUGGGAUUUCAAGAUUUCUGUAGAGGAUUUGUUUUUCCAGAAAACGUCUCUGCUUGGGAGGUUUACAGCAAAAUUGAAAAUGUUGAAGGUUCCCAAAAAACAUUGUGUUUUGUAGUUUUAACUCCUAAGUGUGUGGCUCGCAGGUUGAGUCCAAAACACAGCUCUUUCUCCUCCAGCCGCCCUGCUUUAAGUCAUGGAUCGCUUUCAUUUCACAGUAAUUACGCUGAGCUUAACGUAGACUGACACAUAGACGUGCCUCAAACGCUGCAUUUUUAUUUCCUGCUCCGCCUGUAAAGAAAAUGAUGGACGCGCAUCGGACGAGCGUUUCAAACUUCGUUUGUCCUCUUAUUUUUCAAUCUGUGCAUUCUUUCCUCAUCUCUUUCAUUUCUUUUCCUCUCAAUUUCUGUGUUUUCUUCUUUUCCGCUUCUGUUAAUUACACGGUUGGCUUGAAUUACUACAAAAGGACUACAUAUGAAUUCGUAAUACUUUGCAUGCAUUAUUGCUACUGAGUUUUGUGCCCUUUAGUCUGUCAUGGAGAACCUUGCAGUUUUAAUUUUGCUGUCUGAGCUUUCGCAGGGGCYGGUGCAUUGUUCCUGUCACUGUCGUGGGAAACACUGAGCUGGUCUCAUUGUUCUGAUCCAUCUCAUUAAAACUCAAAUUUCCUUCCACUCUUACUUCCCUCAUCCAACUCUUACACUUCCCUUCUUUCURAUAAUUUCUGAUGAAAAUGCAAUCAGAGGAGAGCAUCUGAGGGGAAAAAAUCUUUACAGUCAUUAGGAGGAGGCAGGGGAAAAGUUGGAGAACUGAGGAGCAGAGGAAGUGAGUGACUGGGUAGAAAAUGAGAGAAAUUAAGAAAGRGUUCAGCAUUUCAAGCUCCUUUAAUUUGGUCAUCCAGGCGCAGUUGAAUUCUGACAGAAUCACCUCCUCACUGAUAUUUGUACAAAGUGAUAYAUGUGUGCAUUCAAAAUGAUAGCCUGCUGUUUAACACAGAUCACGUUGAUGUAUAUUUUUACAUUUCUUUCUAGAAAUCUCUGGCUCAUUUCAUGAAAUGAAACAAAAACAAUGCCUGAAAACAGAAUUGCUGUAAUAAAAACAGAACACGUUUCCUUUGUUUUGACUUUUGAUAUGCUCAAAAGAACUCUUUAUUGACAUAUAAUGGAAAUUGUUUUACCGUUCCGAACUGUUCUACACACAUUUUGGUGUUCACAGGACACACAAACUGUCUGCUUACUCAUUUUUAAGAAUAAAUCUGAAAGCAAGUGGA